AUGAUGCAUAGUACUUCUGAUAAUUCUAUUGAACCUUUUAAUUCUUCACAACGAACUCAUCGAAGUCAAAGUGCAAUUCAAGCUCAUCGUGGUGAUGUACCAAGUAAACAUGAUGAAUAUUUAAUUCAAUUACAAGAACGAAAUCGUUUACUUAAAGCAUAUCAUAAUCAACAUCAACCAAAAGAUAGUAAUUUAAAAAAACGUGAAACCGGUUUUCAAUUAUAUUUAAAUGGAGCACAUAGUGUACGACAACGACGACCACCAUCAAUAAUAAAUACACCAUCAAAUCGAACUAUAACACCUUCACCAUAUUUUUCUGAUUUUUCAUUUCCAACACCAUCAAAUACAACACAACAAAAUAAUUCAUUACCAUCAAAUGGUCGUCGUCGAUGGAUACCAUCGACAAAAACAAAAAUUAAAACUGCUGAUGGUUCAAUUAUUGCUGAUAUUGAUCAAAAUUCUAUUUCUAAUCAUACGUCACAUAUGCCACAUUCAAAAUCUUUAUUUAAUAAUAAACAAUCUCAACAAAUAACAUCAAAACGUGCAGUACAAUCAGCUGGAACACCUAGUCAAGCAUUACCAAAAUCAGCAUGGAAUAAUCAUGUUAUUGAAUUAGAUGCUAGUCAAAUAAAAUCAAAUGGUUUAAAUGAUCAAAUAUCAUUUUGUAAAAUGAAACCAGAAAAUAUUGAUCAAAGUUGGAUGCCAAAUUGGUUUUCUAAUAAGAAACCGAAUGAAGAUGAAAUUCAAGAUUAUGAUUCCGAUUUUGAAGAAACUUCAGAUUCAGAUGAUGAUGAUAAUCAUCAAUUAUUAAAUCAUGUUUCUUUAUCUUUCGAUGAUAUCCCAUCAAUAGUUGAAUUAUCUAUAAUUCCUGAACAAAACAAUGAUAAGAAAAAUAAAUCUCAAGAACAAACUUCUUUUGAAUCACCAUCGGUCGGAGCACGACUUGUCGGAGGCGAUCCAAUCAAGAAUAGUAAUAAUCAACAAUUACUUGUCGUUGGAACAAGACAAAAAGCAAGAGUAAUUGAUAGUCUUGAUCUUGAAAAUUUUUUACAUCCAAAAGAAGUUCAUAUUGAUACAGAAAUUGAUGAUCGAAGAUCACCGGGAUUACAACAAAUAUCAAAUAGACGAAGUCCAUUUCGUGAUCCAAGUUCCAACGACUGUCGUACACCAAAUACCGAUCGGCUUGAAAACUCCAUAACUCAAAUUGAUCUGUUCAGUCGAAGGCAUCGUGGAAUGUUUGAAACUGAACGCAUAGAAGAAUAUUUUACUAAUAGUACAUCAAAAUUCGAAAAUGACAAUGAUGAAGAACAAUUUACAAUACCUGAAUUACCUAGUGGUGAACAAUUAGUUUUAAAUUUAAAAACAACAUGGGGUGAUCGUCAUUAUAUUGGUUUAAAUGCUAUUGAAAUAUUUUCUAGUCAAGGUUAUCCAGUUGUAAUUCGAAAAAUAACAGCAGAUCCAGCAGAUAUAAAUGUCUUACCUGAAUAUGGUAAUGAUCCACGUGUUGUAACUAAUUUAAUUGAUGGAGUUAAUAAAACUCGUGAUGAUAUUCAUAUGUGGCUUGCACCAUUUACACCUGGUGAAAAUCAUUUAAUUUAUAUUACAUUUGAACAGCCAACAAAAAUUGCUAUGAUUAGAAUAUGGAAUUACAAUAAAAAUCGUAUUCAUUCUGUACGUGGUGCUAAAGAUGUUGAAAUAAGUCUUGAUGGUUUUAUGAUAUUUAAAGGUGAAAUAAGUCAAGCUUGUGGUAAUAUUAUAGCUACAAAUGAUCCAUCAGCCUAUGGAGAAACUAUUUUAUUUACAACUGAUGAUGAAAUUCUUGAAAAAAUAUCAAUUCAUGAUGAAAUGUAUGUUGAUCAAGAAACUGCUCAAAAUGAUGAAGAAAAUAUACGAACAAAUGCAAAUCGACCACCAACUGCUGAAACUAAUAUUCGACCAAUGACACGUGCUAUGUUACGACGACCAUUUACAGCUAUUCGUUCAUUAAAUGAAAGUCAAAUAUCAGAAUAUUAUGGAAGAAAAUUAAUUUUGACUAUAACAGAAACAUGGGGUGAUAAACAUUAUUGUGGUUUAACAGGUAUUGAAAUUAUUGAUAUAAAUGAUGUUGAAUGUAUAAUACAAUCAUAUGAUGCACGUCCACGUGAUAUAACUGUUCUACCAGGAAAUGCUAAUGAUGUUCGAACACUUGAUAAAUUAUUUGAUGGUGAAAAUCUUACUUGUGAUAAUCGUCAUAUGUGGUUAUGUCCAUUUCGAAAAAAAGAAAAAGUACGUAUUUAUAUAUCAUUAAAUGGAUCAAAACGAUUACAUGGUUUACGUAUAUGGAAUUAUAAUAAAUCAUUAGAUGAUACAUAUCGAGGAGUUAAACGACUUCAUGUACAAUUAAAUGAUAAGAUUAUUUCACCAAAACAAGGCUUUCUAUUAAGACGUGCACCUGGUCAUUGUUUUUUUGAUUUUGCACAAGAAAUUGUUUUUGCUCAUGCUAAAACCAUACAUGAUAAUUUACAAGAAAAACAAUCGUUGGCUACUAAUCGUGACAUUGAGUCAGAUAUAUCAAUGCCAAAUGGAUUUAUUUAUGAAUUUCAACUACAUUCAACUCAUGGUGAUGCUUAUUAUAUUGGAUUAAAUGGUUUAGAAUUUUAUGAUGAACAUGGUGAAUUUAUUGGUUUAACUGAACAAAAUAUUGCUGCUUAUCCUCAUAGUGUAAAUAGUCUUAAUUCAGGUACAGACAAUGAUAAUGAUGUUCGUACACCAGAUAAAUUAAUUGAUGGUGAAAAUGAUGAAACUGAUGGUACACAUUGUUGGAUUGCACCUAUUUUAGCUAAUGUUAUAAAUCGAAUAUUUGUUAUUUUUGAUCGACCAACAUCUGUAUCUAUGAUAAAAAUAUGGAAUUAUGCUAAAACUCCUAAUCGUGGUGUUAGAGAAUUUUCUUUACUUGUUGAUGAUUUACUUGUAUGGACAGGUAUAUUAGAUAAAAUAGAUGAAAAACAAGUGCCUUUUAAUACAAUUCUAUUUUCUGAUGAAAGAAUUCUUACUGAACAUGAAAAACAAAGUGUCUUAGAAAAUAAAGGCUCACCAGAUAAUAUUUCCAGUCAAACAUCAAAUAGAGAUCAAACUGUUGAUUAUUCCCAACGUCCAACAACAUCCGUUCCACGUAAUAACAAACGACGCUAA